AUGAGUUCGUCUUUCUUUUUCCAAACGCAAAUUGACAAUUUCCUUCUAUUCUCACAGAUCUCAAAUGUUGAAAACCUAUCACCACAAACCAUACGUCAAGUUAUGAAGGAAAUGCAAAGUAUGGUAGAAACGCCCCUGGAGGGUAUUAAAAUACAAAUAAAUGAUGCCGAUGUUACCGAUAUUCAGGCAUUAAUUGAAGGUCCAGCUGGUACACCAUAUGCCGGUGGUCUGUUUCGUGUAAAACUGACAUUGGGCAAGGAUUUCCCCCAAGCGCCACCCAAAGCCUUCUUUAUUACGAAAAUUUUCCAUCCGAAUGUGGCAGCAAACGGUGAGAUUUGUGUCAACACACUGAAAAAGGAUUGGAAACCAGAUUUGGGCAUCAAACACAUACUACUCACCAUCAAAUGCCUUCUCAUUGUUCCAAAUCCUGAAUCGGCUCUUAAUGAAGAGGCCGGAAAAUUACUGCUCGAACGUUAUGAUGAUUAUUCACAGAGAGCCAAAAUGAUGACUGAAAUUCAUGCACAGACCGCCAAAUCUACCGAUGCCAAGGAUGAUGAUGGACCAAGUUCAAAGAAACAUGCCGUUGACAAGAAAUUACAAGACAAAAAGAAGGAGAAAUUAAUUAAAGAAAAGAAACGCAUGCUGAAGCGAUUAUGAGUUUUUUUG